AUGAGACCCCGCUUUCCACACCAACCACAAGAGACAGCCUUGACAAACUUUCGCUAACUGGCCACGGUCAACCUCUUCCUCCCGGCUUCCCAUCUCCUUUUCUAUUUCCUGAUGGAUUGUCGUCCAUAGAAACCCUCCUGACAAAUAUCCAGGGGCUCUUAAAAGUUGCCAUCGACAAUGCCCGGGCUCAAGAGAAGCAGGUGCAGCUCGAAAAGACAGAACUCAAAAUGGAGCUCUUCAGGGAGCGAGAACUGAGAGAAACACUUGAAAAACAGUUAGCGGUGGAGCAGAAGAACAGAGAUUCUCUGACCCCAGAGAUAGAAGCUGACCGCAGCGGAGGCCGAACAGAUGCUGAGAGGACAAUACAAGGGAUUGUGGUUGCUGUGAUAGCACAGGAAAAUAUUCAGGAAGAUAAGAAGCAACACAAUGAUUAA